AAAUGGCGGUCUCGAAAUCCCCAUCGAAAGACGCAUUUACCCUCACCCUCCUUCUCCUCGCCAUGUCCAAAGCCGUCUUUUCCCAGAGCCUGGAGGGAACGGUGACGCAGCAAUUCUUCGACAGUAUAAGAACUCAGAGAGUGGACUGCCCUGGUAGAAGCUUCUACACUCGCGGCAACUUCCUCCAAGCCGCCAGAUCGUACGGAGGGUUUGGUUCCUCCAUCUCCAAGACCGAGAUCGCCGCUUUCUUUGCCCACGUCAAGCACGAGACUGGAUGGUUGUGUUACACUGAAGAAAACGACCGGUCCAACAGCUACUGCAACGGAGACGACCCGGAAUUCCCAUGUGCACCAGGAAAAUCAUACUACGGCCGUGGACCGAUCCAACUAACCGGGAACUACAACUACGGCCUCUGCGGGCGAGCCCUUAAACUCAACCUUUUGAACAGACCCGAGUUGGUGGCUCAAGACCCGAUUGUCUCCUUCAAGACAGCUUUCUGGUUCUGGACGACCAAUGUCCGUCCUGUCCUGAACCAGGGCUUUGGUGCCACCAUCAGAGCCAUCAAUGGUAUCGAAUGCGAUGGAGGAAGACCUGACACGGUUGCAGCCAGGGUUCAGUAUUAUAGGGAGCUUUGUAGGAAACUUGGUGUUAAUCCUGGGAACAACCUCUCCUGCUAAAGGCUUUCCUAUCCUUAUUUACCUUUUAAGAAAGAUCGGAGAGAAUGAUAAAAUAAAAAUAUAUCCCGAGAUGACUUGCAAAAUGGAUGCUUUACUGCUUCGUUUGUAAUAGAAAUGAGUUUGUAAACUCUACUCUUUGAGAUUAUUUCAACAUAGCAUCAACUUGGCAUAA